UGGAACCUCCGGAGUCGUUCUCCUCACGAUGACGUCAGACAUCAGUAAAACCAUCACGCGGCUGCUGAGCGACCACCACGGCUGCCUGGACCUCCAGCGGCUGGAGCAGCUGCUCCACCGCCGCCGCGCGGACUCCUUCACCGCGUCCGAGCUGCGCUCCGCGCUGCUGGACGACGGUCUCCUCGCCAUCCGGGAGGGCAAGCGGCCGGCGGGCCGCGGGCAGCAGCUGAGCCCCGACAGCCUGCUGGUCCUGAAGACCCCGCUCCGGCUGUGCCAGAAGAAGAGCGGCGCGUGCGCGCGCUGCGAGCGCCUGCACCUGUGCAAGUACUUUGUUUCUGGAAACUGCUCGUUCGGACACACCUGUAAAAACUCGCACAGCCUGGCCUCUCCGCACAACGCCGCGGUGCUGCAGAGGUUCGGUCUGGAAGAACUGGGUCAGAAACAGCUGUUCCAGCUGCUGCUGCAAAACGAUCCCUUUCUGCUUCCUGAGGUGUGCUUCCAUUACAACGUGGGCGACGGUCCCUUUGGCAACUGCAAGUUCACCACCUCCUGCACGAAGCUGCACAUCUGCAGGCACCACCUCCAGGGGGACUGCCGCUUCGGCUCCUCCUGCAAAAAAGCUCACGUCCUCGACCAGCACGGACGGAAGCUCAUCCAGGGGCUGAGUCCGGAGAACGCCACCAAUCUUCACAAGAUCUACAUGAAUAAAUUCAUCAUCAUGAACCAGCACGAUGUUUCUGUCCCAGCGCCUGCCAUGAAGAACCUCAGCCUCUCAGAGUCCGCUCACAAGCCUCCUCAAGCCCGGCCCGACCCGCCCUCCACGUCCGCCGGUCUUCCAAAGGCCGCGGUUGACGCCGAGGGGAACGAGAUCUGCCUCUUCUUCCUGCGCAGUCACUGCAGCUUCAAAGAGAAGUGCGCCCGGGUCCACUGGCACCUGCCGUACAGGUGGCAGCUUCUAGACGGCGAUGGCGUGACGUGGAAGGACUUAGAAAACACGGAGGAGGUGGAGAAGGCCUACUGUGACCCGGCCCGUGACACGAGCCGCGAGGAUCGAGCGUCGAGAAGACAGAAGAGCUUUGGAUCUGAGCAGCACGUUGACUUCCAGACCAUGACCUUCGGGGGCUCGCCAGUCCGUCGGCUGUCCACCGCCUCCUGUGUGUCCAAGCCCCCCCACUUCAUCCUGACAACGCAGUGGCUCUGGUACUGGAGGGACGAGAGCGGCGCGUGGCAAGAGUACGGGAAGGGCGUCGGCGGCGCCGGGAUCACCUCUCAAACUCUGGAGAAAAUGUACCUGGCCGACAGGGAGACAGGUGUUCCCUUCACAGCCACAAACUUCCAGUACGUUGUCCACUUCAAAGACGAGAAGGGGAUGUACCAGCAGAACUUGAAGACCAAAACCAAGAGAGAAGUGAGGAGGAGGCCUCGCUUCGUGUCCGCUCGGGACGUAGAAACGCAGCUCAGCAGUGGCUCAUCAAACACGUCCUGCUUGUCCACGGCUGAAAAUCUGCCCUCACACUGGGACAAAAAUGCUCUGCCGGACUUUGGGUUUAAGCUUGUGACCCUCUCUAGAUCAGCUCCGGACUACGUUAAUAUUGAGAAGCUGUUCAGAACCACCAUGCCUGCCAGCACAGUAAACAGCAUCCAGCGGAUCCAGAACCCUUCUCUCUGGAGAGUCUUUCAAUGGCAGAAGGAGCAGAUGCAGGGGAAGAACGGAGGGAAGCUGGUGGACCAGAGGUACCUGUUCCACGGCACUGAGGAGGCUCUGAUUGAAGCUAUAUGUGAGCAGAACUUUGACUGGAGAGUUUGUGGCGUCCACGGAACGGCUUACGGCAAAGGGAGCUACUUCGCCAGAGACGCCUCCCUCUCCAACAAAUUCUCCAAGCCCAGACUGGGUUCAAACAAGGUCAUGUUCGUGGCCCUGGUCCUGGUGGGGGACUACACCAAAGGGCAGAGCAGCUAUGUGCGGCCCCCGGUGAAGAGGGGCAGCAGAGAUCUGUACGACAGCUGCGUGGACUCUGAGAGCAACCCCAGCAUCUUCGUCGUGUUUGAGAAGCAGCAGAUUUAUCCCGAGUACAUCAUCAAGUACGUGUAAAGGAAACCGGUUUAUUCUAGAGGAUGGCUCUUAGUAUACAAAAAAAAAAAAAAAACAUUUCAAA